AUGGCGGAGCUGCAGCUGGACCCGGCGAUGGCGGGGCUGGGAGGAGGUGGCGGCAGUGGGGUGGGCGAUGGGGGCGGCCCGGGCCGCGGGCCCCCCAGCCCACGCCCGGCUGGCCCCAUGCCCCGCGGACACGGCCGCCCCUCCGCCGCCGUCGCGCAGCCGCUGGAUCCGGGUCCCGGACCACCCGAGCGGGCAGGGGGCGGCGGCGCGGCCCGCUGGGUCCGGCUGAACGUGGGCGGCACCUACUUCGUGACCACCAGACAGACCCUAGGCCGGGAGCCCAAGUCUUUCCUCUGCCGCCUCUGCUGCCAGGAGGACCCGGAGCUGGACUCAGACAAGGACGAGACAGGGGCGUAUCUGAUUGACAGGGACCCCACCUACUUUGGUCCUAUCCUAAACUACCUCCGCCAUGGGAAGCUCAUCAUUACUAAGGAGUUGGCAGAAGAAGGUGUACUGGAAGAAGCCGAGUUUUACAACAUCGCGUCUCUCGUGCGGCUGGUUAAGGAAAGGAUACGGGACAAUGAGAACAGAACUUCACAAGGCCCCGUGAAGCACGUGUACAGAGUCCUGCAGUGUCAGGAGGAAGAGCUCACACAGAUGGUCUCCACUAUGUCUGACGGUUGGAAAUUCGAACAGCUGAUCAGCAUCGGAUCUUCCUAUAACUAUGGAAAUGAAGAUCAGGCAGAAUUCCUCUGUGUCGUCUCCAGAGAACUAAAUAAUUCUACCAAUGGUAUCGUCAUAGAGCCGAGUGAAAAGGCAAAGAUUCUUCAGGAGAGAGGAUCACGGAUGUAAACUGAGAAUCUGAGAUGCCAGAAUCGUACAUGUCAAGAGAGCAAUCCUGCAGAGCACCUCUGUGAAUUCGAUCUCGCUCCUGUACAGUAACCACACUACUGCAAAGCAGAGCUGAGCCUGGCCCCCGAGUGGAGACAUGUUCUGGUCAAAACCAAAGGAAUCCCACCCCCACCCACAGGACUCCGAAGACAGAUGCAACUUCUGGCUGCAGAGUACUUUUUCAGAAACUUGCUUUUGUUUCCUUAGCCCAUAUUGUAACAGAUCUUUGCAACAGCAGCUGGACUGGGAUCCCAGUUGGAGCCUUUUGGGAAUCUGGGAGAAGGGGGAGGACAGCCUACCUCCUCAAAAUGGCUUGGAGCAAAGGAAGGACUGUCCCCGAGCUGUGCCAUGGUUUCACCCUAGCGUGCCACACUGGGCGUUGGCAGCUGCUUUGGAACUCUGUCUUUUCUCCCUUCUGUGAACCCUCAGAGUCAUGCAGCAGAUGCAGAGGGUUCCAGCUGCAGCUUGUCGAAUCGAGGUUUUAGAUAAGGGGUAGAGUUGCCGGAGUACCCCAUGUUCCUAUGAACAGAGCCUCUGUGAGGAGAGGGAGGAUCAGGUGUCCUUUGUUGUGGUUGGAGUUUGGAUUCAGAGCACCAAGCUGCCACCACGUGGAGCUUUGCCUCGGUUGUCUGCAGCAGCCAGGACCCUCUGGCGAACUUGCUUUCUCCCCAUGAGGAGGUUUGAGUCAGAGACAGACAGACAGACAGACGGGAGCGUGCGGUAGUUGGUAUAACUGCAUCUGCAGCCUUUUCUUACCCCACGUUGACCCUGUCUUCCUUCCCUGGCUUUUUAAACUGGACCAAAGAUGAAGGGACUUUGUGGACCCUCUUAUGGCUUGGGGCGGGGAGGGGAGUUCCUUUGAAAGUUGCCAAAUGUAUUCUGUUGUAUCUAAGAGAGCUGUAAUUUCUGUGACUGUCUCUUGGAAAUGCCUUGACUGAAUGUGCAAUAUUUGCGUCUUCUUGGUUUCUAACCUUGGCAAACCCGCCCACAGCGGUGUCAGUGACUCCUCAGUGUCCCCAGUAGCGUAUAUGUGCCUGCUGGGCAGUCUGGGACCCCCCGCGUCUCUCACCCACCCUCACCAUUAUUUGUUUCUGUAGAUGCCAUGUUGCUGAGGGUCCAGUGCUUGUUUGACCACGGUGUAGCGAAGCCCUCCUUUGGGCUGUGACCACAGAGCUUGUGUCCGCACUUUCUCUCUGAGGUUUUGAGUCUUGGUGACUAGUUACGGAAUGCAAAAGAGCCAGAGAAUCCUUAUUUUUCCCUAGACAACCUUCCCUGGUGUGACAAGUGGUAGGCAGAAGGCCAGGCACUGCUGGGCGCCUUCACAGCUGAGGUUCUCUGUGCUCCACAGCUUGAGUGCUUGCUUGGUGGGUCUAGGGCAGUAAUUUCUAGAAAUGACUGUAGCAUAUGCCAAGUGUCUUUUGAGCUUGUGACCUGACUGUGCCCAGAUGGCUUAACUUUUCUCUAGGAUUCUCACUUUUUUCCUUAUUUCUCUGUAUCUGUAGAGUAACAUAGACGUGUGCGUGCAGAGGUUUCUGCUGAUACAUUUGUGUUACACACCGCCGUAAGUAUACACGUCAGCGCCUCAGAAGUCUGGUGCGUGCCCAGUAUUUUUACAGCUGUAAAAUGGUAGAUGAACUCCCACCUGCAGUAAAAGCAGCCACCCCUUCAAAAGGGUUACAGGCAUCCAUCCUGCCAGAUCUUUCAGGGAAAAAAAAGAUUGGGGUGGUUCAAGGAAAAGUAGAGAUAGCAGGGAAAGCUGCUCUAAGCAGAGCAGCACAGGGGACUUGGGAAGUGGUGCCCUUUGGCCAAGUCCAAUGAGCAACGUCAGAAUGACUAGGAGGAUAAGCAGCUUGUCUUGGGGCCUUGGGCCCGAUUAGCUUCAUUCAGGCCGUCCUGCUUCCGUGAGGCGUACCUG